AUGGGCUUCAGCCUGGAGAACCUGGACCCAGAGAAGUUGUCCAUCUCCCUCACUGGCUCCCAGCUUGGGGUGGACAGGAUGGAUCUGCUGAAGAAGCUGGUCCAAGAGAUUACUGCAUCUGUCAGUGGCCUCUACAACGUGAGGAACUUCACCAUCUCCCAGCUCAGGAACCUGGGUGGGAACACGGAGAUCACUGGAGACCUCUACCUAGACACAGUUGUCCAUGCUGAUGUUGAGGAGGUUCUGGAAGCCCUGACUGCGCUCUCAGACCUCUCCAAGGACCUGAGCUCCAUCUCGGUGGAGGGGUCCAAGCUGGGUCUGCUCGUGUACCCUCUGUCCUUUGUCGUCACCAACAGACCCUUCAGCCAGAAGCUUCAGGAUCCUCUCUCUGAAGAGCACCACAAUCUCUCCAGGGAACUUGGUGAUGUGGUGGCCAGAGCCCUGAGGGAUUACCCAUCCUUCCUGACAGCCAUCAUCAAGGAAUUCCUGCCUGGCUCCUUGCUCUGCCAUGGGAACAUGAUCUUCCAGCACCCCGCUCCAACCAGCGUGCAGGUGCUGAAGACCCUCGUGCACGCAGUGGGACCAAACCAGGCUCUGGCUGGCUCUGACAUCCACGUGGAUCCAUUCUCUCUGGCUGUGGGAGAGGACACCCUGGAUCCUCCCAGGCCCCAGCGUGGCUUCCCAGCCUACGGAGUGGCCUUGGUGGUCAUCGGUGGCCUCUGCAUCGUGGCUGCGCCCAUCGUGCUCGUGUGCCUGGGCACCAAGAGGCUGGGCUGGCAGGCUGGAGGAGCCCUUUGGGACAGGAGAGACCCUGAAGUGGGGGUGCAGACGUUGGAAAUGGAUAACCAGGGCUUCUGGACAGAGGACUCUGAGGAUAGUCACUUUGAGUGGCAAAGCACUUCUGCCUUUGAGUGGCAAAGCACUUCUGCCUUUGAGUGGCAAAGCACUUCUGCCUGA